UUGCACUGAAGAUAUGGAGACAUUAUCUCUACGGGGAGACAUGUCACAUAUACACUGAUCACAAGAGCUUGAAGUACGUGUUUACUCAGAAAGAGCUAAACAUGAGACAGAGACGGUGGAUGGAGCUGAUAAAAGACUACCAUCUAGUGAUAGAGUAUCACCCAGGCAAGGCAAACGUGGUGGCAGAUGCUUUGAGCCGGAAGAGCUCGUCUGGGGCAUUGAUAACUAAUUUGAGGGCAUUAAGAGCCCAACUGGAGGUAACCAGCAAUGGUGCCUUAUUGGCACGAUUUGAGGUGAGACCCACUUUACUUGAUGAGAUCAAUUAGGGUCAGGAAGCCGACGAAGAACUUAUGAAGGUCCGGGAACGCAUGCAAGCGGGGCCGGUGGAGGAUUUCAGGGAAAGAGAUGAUGGUCUCUUGUUAUUUCGUGACCGAGUGUGUGUACCGUCGGAUGAUGAGCUCCGAAAGUCCAUCUUAGAGGAGGCUCAUUCAUCGGCUUAUGCCAUACACCCGGGGGGCACGAAAAUGUACCGUGAUUUGAAGGAAAGUUACUGGUGGUCUGGAAUGAAGAGGGAAAUAGCCGAGUACAUCAGUCGGUGCCUUACUUGUCAACAAGUUAAGGCAGAACAUCAGCACCCAGCAGGCUUAUUGCAACCACUCUCCAUCCCUGAAUGGAAGUGGGAGCACGUGACUAUGGAUUUCGUGGUAGGCUUACCACGGACUAUCAGGAACUAUGACGCGGUUUGGGUCGUUGUGGAUAGGCUCACAAAGAGUGCACACUUCUUGCCUAUCAACACUACCUACCCACUUGAGAGGUUAGCCAAAUUGUAUACGGAUGAGAUCGUGAGGCUGCAUGGGGUCCCGGUGACCAUUGUAUCUGAUAGAGACCCACGAUUCACAUCACGUUUUUGGCCGAAAUUCCAGGAGUCUAUGGGAACGAAGUUGA